AUGGCCGACGCCGCCUCAAUCAAGUCUAAAUCUGACGUCGAGUCCAAUGUCUCUAUCGACGCCGAUCUGGCACGAAAGAAUUUCAACUUCAUUGACAAGACUAUUCUUUCCAGUGCGUCUGUGUUCGGGCUCAAGACUGAUACGCAUCUAGUGGGCCAACAAUACAGCUGGGUAUCCAGCGUCUUCUAUUUUGGCUAUCUCGGCUGGGCCUAUCCUACGACGUAUCUAAUACAACGACUCCCUGUCGGUAAAUACGUCUCGAUCAACACCAUAAUAUGGGGUACCCUAGUCGCGCUCACCGCUUCGUGCAAGACCUUUGGUGGUCUCAUUACUGUUCUGUCUCUCCUAGGUGUUGCAGAGGCGACGAUCACACCUGCGUUUGUGUACACCACGUCGAUGUGGUACACGCGAGAUGAGAUUCCGGUCAAAACUGGGGCGUGGUUCGCAGGAAACUCGUUCGGGGGCUUGGUGGCUUCGUUGGCAGCCCAUGGGAUUGGAAAGAUCGAAGAACCCUUGUCUCCAUGGCAGUGGUUGUUCAUCAUAUUUAGUGUCGCUACAGGCUUGUGGGGAAUCAUUGUCUUGUUAAUUCUCCCAGAUUCGAUAGAAUCGUGUGGGUUUUUGAACGAGGAGGAGGAGAAAUGCGCACAGGAUAGAGUUGUUGUGGCUGGUACGGGCAAAGCUUCAAAGGAGACGAGCCAGUGGAAGUGCGAGCAGGUCUUUGAGUACUUUUUGGAUCCAAAGACUUGGUUCUUCUUCGCAAUAUCUAUAUGCACUCAGAUACCAAACUCCGGUACCCAAAACUUUGAUAAUCUGGUGCUGGAAGGCUUCGGGUUCACUAACCUCGAGACGACUCUUGUCGCGUUACCUUCGUCUAUAAUAACUUUUCUGACUAUUCUUACAAGGUACAGUGUACAUCUUCCAUUAGCAACUUUUGCUUUUGCCGAAUCCGGUCUAUACAUAUAGUGGCUGGAUUGCAGGCCGUGUUCGUAACAUCUCCACCUUCUUGAUAAUUCCCAUCGUUAUUUGUCCCUUCGUUGGGAGCGCUCUCAUAUACUCUGAUAUCAGC